UCCCGCCGCUCGCCCCACUGACGGCGCUCCUUCUGGGGAUCAGACGCGCUGGAGAUGACGCUGUGAACCGCACGGUCACUGCUUCACGUCCUUCUGGUGUUUCCUUUAUUUUUUUAUCUUCACUUCACGCAACGAGGAAGAGGAAGAGAACCGCGUGAGAGAACUCCUUGCGCCGCAAGUUGUUCGGCGAGUCGGCCGCACUGGAGGCAGGACGCGAUGGCGGUCCCGGUGAAGAAAGCGUUCACUCUCUUGGUGAUCACCGUGGCAACGGCCCUGGGCUCAGAUGUGGAGGAGCGUCUGGUGAACCGCCUCCUGUCUCCUGACCGCUACAACAAGCUGAUCAGACCGGCCGUAAACAAGAGCCAGCAGGUCACCAUCUACAUCCGCGCCUCUCUCGCCCAGCUCAUCAGCGUGAAUGAGAGAGAACAGAUCAUGACGACCAACUGCUGGCUUUCUCAGAUAUGGCACGACUACAGGCUGAUGUGGGAACCAGAUGAGUACCAAGGCAUCAAGAAAAUCCGUCUUCCGGCACAACACAUUUGGCUUCCAGACAUCGUCCUCUACAACAACGCUGACGGGAACUACGAGGUAUCCUUCUACUGCAACGCCGUGGUCUCCUACAACGGGGAGGUUAGCUGGCUGCCGCCCGCCAUCUACAAGUCAGCCUGCAAGAUUGAGGUGCGCGACUUCCCCUUCGACCAGCAAAACUGCACGCUAAAGUUCCGCUCGUGGACCUACGACCACACGGAGAUCGACCUCAUGCUGGAGAGCGACUUCGCCAACCUGGACGACUUCAAGCCCAGCGGCGAGUGGGACAUAAUUUCGCUGCCGGGCCGCAAGAACGAGGACCCCCAGGACAUCACCUACCUGGACAUCACCUACGACUUCAUCAUCAAGCGCAAGCCGCUCUUCUACACCAUCAACCUGAUCAUCCCCUGCGUGCUCAUCACCUCGCUGGCCAUCCUGGUUUUCUACCUGCCGUCCGACUGCGGGGAAAAAAUCACGCUGUGCAUCUCCGUGCUGCUGGCGCUCACCGUGUUCCUGCUGCUGAUCUCCAAGAUCGUCCCGCCCACCUCCCUGGCAGUGCCGCUGAUAGGGAAGUACCUGAUGUUCACCAUGGUGCUGGUCACCUUCUCCAUCGUCACCAGCGUGUGCGUGCUCAACGUGCACCACCGCUCCCCCAGCACCCACAGCAUGCCCGUGUGGGUCAAGCGCAUCUUCAUCCACAGCCUGCCCUACUUCCUGUUCAUGCGGCGGCCCGGCAGCUCCAACAUCCGGGAGCGCUUCCGCAAGAAGCACCAGCAGCAGACCUUCUCGGGGGAGCCGCGGAAGAACCAGCGGGGGGGCGGGGCCGGAGGGGGGGGCGGGGGCCUGGUGUCGGACGCCGCCUCCUCCUUCUAUGUCAACGAGGAGUCGGCCAAGCGCUUCGGCUGGCGGGUCAACAACCUGUCGGAGAGCAGCGAAGUCCGCCAGCGCACCACGCUGCGGUGCAACAUGGACAUGGAGGAGGCGGUGGACGGCGUGCGCUACAUCGCCGACAAGAUGAAGAGCGAGGACGACGAUGAAGGGAUCAUCGAGGACUGGAAGUACGUGGCCAUGGUGGUGGACCGCCUCUUCCUGUGGAUCUUCGUGCUGGUGUGCGUGACGGGCACCAUGGGCCUCUUCAUGCAGCCCCUCUUCCAGAGCUACAACGCACCCACCCCAGACGACCUGGAGAUGAACUGA